CGUUUUACGUCAGCAAUAGUUCCACCGCUAGGCCGACCCAGAUCCAAUUGGACAGAUUCUCCCGCUCGAAUUUAAUUUAGUCAGCGACUAGACAAGUGAGCCUUUUUCGAAUGUUUGAGCCCGAAACGGAGGAUAUGCUGCCCAGAUCGGCACCCAGACCGAGUGCAGCGGUGCCAAUGGGCCACACCAACGAAAUCAUCCGGCCCACUGUGCCAGAGGUGUCCAUAUUGUUUGGCCAGCCGCCACAAGAUCAACAAUUGCAAAUGCCGCAGCAGCAGCUGCAACAGGAGCCACCUCCUCGAGCUCCACCCACAUUCGCGUCCUGGAAGAAGCAGAUGCUGCCUCGGGUUAACUUCUCGCCCAUCCUGGCCACGGAACUGGGACCCAGAACUGCGCCGAGCAACAACAAUAGCCCCUGUUCCCCCAAGGAGUACAUCAUAAUGCCCAGAGAUCGCAACUACACAAACGAUGCACCACUGGCUGCCAAUCACAUUUCCAGUAAUCUGGGGCCGUAUAGUGCGGAGCCCAAGCAGCAGGUCUUUCAAUCCCGCUUGUCAAGCUCAUCCAACGCUGAUGUCCUGACGAUUUGUGCUGGCACACAGACCGAACCGCUUAAUCUGUCGCCCCCGCGAAAUUCAUUGCCCCCGGUGGUCUACUCCGACAUCGACGUCAGCAACCUAGCCAACAAGAGUGAUCUGGCCGCACUGGUGUCGCUUCUGGAGUCCAUGCGACAGGAACAACGGCAGCUGAGGAAUCUUUGCGAGCUGCUCUUGAAGCAACAGCAGCGGGCAAAAUCCGAAACCAAAGCCAGCAGGACCACCGCCAGCCAGUGUGACAUUUUGACCACCAACAAUGCAGGCAGACGAAUAUCUCCGGUCAUACAGGAUUACAUUGCUGAGGAGGAGGAACCGAUGCCUUCACCCCAAGCUGGCAUGAUCCCCCAAUUCCAAUCUCCUCGACCCAAUUCGCCCAUGGCUCAGUCUACGGGUUACCGGGCCAACACGCCCCAGACCAAGAGGAUUCCCCAACUGGCCAAGCCAAACACCGAGAAGAGCUUGGUGAUGAACGAGCUGGCCUUGAAGUAUUUACGCCAACCCGUCGACGAACUGAUGAAGGACAUGCGCCUGGGCGCAUCGCCCAAGUCGCCUAAUCCCGAACCACUGCGCCAGAUCGACAAUCUUACCCACGCACAGAGCCCCAACGACAUUUCAAAUGCUUCGUAUAAGUAUCUCAAGAAAUACCGCCUGCUGCCUGAGGAGCAAAUGGAACACGUGUGCCCCAAAUCUCCGAUGGCGGCAUCUGCCUCCUCGCCGCGCAUGCAACUGGACCUGGAGAACAUCAGGAACCAGCCAAAGCUGCUGUGAAGGCAAAUUCCAUUUUCGUUUCGUUAAUUAUUUGUCUGUCUAUUUGCGAUUUAAGUGGAAAUAUAUUUCAAUACACGGAAUAACGCUGACACUCAUCUUCAAAAAUGCCAGCCUAUACUAACAAAGGAACCAUCACUUUGUUUACAAAACACAAAA